UUCUAUGAAUUAACCCCGACUGUCUUUCUUCUGCUUCUCCUUCGUGGCUGCUCAGCGUGGCCAUUCUUGCUACCAGUCUUCAACUACCACCGGCGCGAUUCAGUAUACACAUGCUCUCUUAUCGCAGGCCUCACCUCUGGAUCAACGUACUGCUCCAUGCUCGCGCCUAUCUUUUGGUCUCUGGACCACUUGCCGGCCGGGGGCUUCGGCUUGCUAUUCUGAGCACCUGGCUUGCACUUGCUACGUGGUGCAUCGCAGGCCCUUCACAACUUGGUACCCAUCGAUACCACCGUCACCGAUGCGCCCGCUGUCCAUGGUGCGUGCCCUGUCGCGGGCUUCGUUCUCCGAUAUACUCCUCCCGGGGCGCCCCUCCUGACGUGCGUCGUGCACCCUACAUACUCGGGGACGUACUACAGCCCUGACUCGGGAACUGCGUGCUACGUUCCGACCGAUGUCGAUGGCGAAUGCCAUGCCGCCGUUUUGACUACGCGCCCGGAUGCGGUCCGCGCGCACCCACAGGCCCUGGAUACCAUCCGGUGAAGAGUUCAAGCCGAAUCGGCGACACCCCCUUGCAGCGUUCUCGCAUCACACUUCUGUGCGAAGACAGGGAAGAUCCACUAGAG